GAAGGCAGUACCAAUGCUGUACAAAAUUAAGAAUGCUGAUUUGUUUGUAGUAUAGGAUAUAUGGAUAAAACCAAGACAAUCCGUGACUAUCCGGUUCUCUGUUGACUAUAGGCCAAUUCGUGUUCGUGCCAUCUUCACCUAUCUAAAUUACCUAUUAAUUUAUAUUAAUUAUUAAAUAUUUCCACUUUGCGAGUCGAAGGCAGUGUACCGCGUGACCCUUUCAGGAUCCCGUACUUAAAGGUAUGAUUGCUGGGUUUUGCGGAAGUUUUUGCUGUAAACUUGUGACUCAGAUUGCUCUUUUCAGCGGAAUCACUGGAGAGUAGUGUAAGGAAAAUGGACCACGAUUCGGAAUCUGUUAAACGAAUUCUCUCUAAGUACAAAUUUCGUGAUCUUGCUACCGAAGAACUCCAGAAAGUUAACCGCGUUCACCCUGAUGUGAACACAGUGACUGGCACUUAUACGUUCAGUGAUGGUUCUCAAAAGGACCUGCUGAAGUUGGUCAUCAACAUACCAGUCAAAUAUAAAGGUUGUUCUUAUAACUUGCCCAUCCAGUUAUGGCUGUUGGAUUCAUUCCCCUUCACACCGCCCAUUUGCCUCCUGAGACCCACGGCCACCAUGAUGAUCAGGGAGGGCAAACACGUGGACGCAAGGGGCAGAAUAUACCUGCCUGCACUGCACAACUGGGACUAUCCAAAGUCCUCUGUAACUGCACUGCUGGUGGAGAUGAUCGCUAAGUUUGAAGAAGAUCCUCCUUUGGCCAUGAAAUCUGAAGGAGAUGGGAAAGAUCCAAACGAGCUUCUCGCCUUCGUGUCACACAUAAACCUCAUAGAAGGUGGGAAGCAGCCAGAGCAGAGUGUAUAUAAAGUCUCUGUGAUUGGAGGCGGAGAUUUGGGAAUUGCUGCUGUGCUGAGUAUUAUGGCAAAAGGCUGUGUGAACAAACUGGUUUUGAUUGACAUACCCCAGAGUUCAACCAAAGGUGGUACAAUGGACCUAGAAAUUUUCAGUUUGCCAAAUGUGGAAGUCUCAAAAGACCUAGCGGCCUCGGCCGGUUCGCGUGUGGUGGUUUUCACCAUGAAUGCCUGGAGUGAGGAGCAGUCAUAUGUGAGUGUGGUGCAGACCAACGUAGACAUGUACCGGCAGAUGGUCCCGGUCGUGGCCCAACUCAGCCCCGCUGCCGUGCUGGUGGUCGCCUCACAACCCGUGGAAAUAAUGACCCAUGUGGCAUGGAGGCAGAGUUGCUUUUCUCCCACGCACGUGAUUGGUGUAGGCUGUAACCUGGACUCUCAGAGGCUUGCUCACAUCCUCAACAUUGCUCUGGUCACCAGCAGCACAAGCAAACAAGCUUGGGUUAUAGGAGAGCUCUCUGACAACAAAGUCGCUGUAUGGGGUAAUCCAAGAGCAAGUGGGGACAAGCAGACUGUGUUGUACCCCGUGUCCAGUUCCACAAAGCCACUGAUAGACCGGGCAUUUGAAAUAUUAAAAGGGAAAGGUCAGAGGUCAUGGUCCGUGGGGCUGUCCAUUGCUGACAUCACUUACAGCAUUCUCACAGACCAGAGGAAGACGCAUUCCAUCACCACUCUAGCUCAGGGCUGGGGAGGCAUUGGUUCCGAGGUCUUCCUCAGCUUGCCCUGUGUGCUGGGGGCCAAUGGCUCCACUCGCCUGGCAGGAGUGACUCUCAGUCCGGAAUAUGAUGCCAAGCUGAGGGAGAGUGCCACGUCUCUCAGCAACUUCUUCGUGCAGCUGAGGAUAUAGAUCACGCACACAUCCAGGGACGACUUCCGGUUGCAAAGUCAGCCUCUUUCAGCUUUGUGGCUUGGACCCAUUCUGUGUAAUUGAAUGCUCAGACUGCAUGAUGCCUAUUGAGAGACAAAUAGUUCGCUGCAUACAAAAAGUGGCAAAGUUCAUAGAAUGUGAGGCAGUGACCUCUGGUGUCAGGCAAUGGUAUUGCUUGACCACUUUGUAUUACCAAAGUGCCCUGCUCACUCUGGGAGCUAAGAGAAUAUCUCAGAUAAUAUCCAUUAUUUUUCUAAGGCAAGUCACAGAAUUUCCAAAGAGUGAUCCACACAUUGAGACAUUACUCUCCUUACCCAAAAAUACUUGGUUCCUUUCAAAUCGAGACAGCCUUUACUGUCCCAGGCAAGCGGGAAGCUGGAAUUCGGAUAUAAACUAGCACUUACAACCUAAGGAUUUCCCAAGCUUUAAUGAGAAGUGUGAAGGGAGAGGUUUCACCAGAAGCAGCUGGAAGAGGGGCCCCAGAGAGAGCUGUGUGCAAACAAAGUUGUUGCUCCAUUUAAUUCCAGUUAAGGUCUUAUAUAUUUGAACUGUAAUGUAGCAUUUGCAUACACAAUGGAAGUUUAAUCUUACUGGUAAUAGGGUGACUGGUUGUUUAUAGAAGCAAAAAAUUGUGAAGUUAAAGGCCAAGAGCAAGUUUUUGGCUCAUGUUACUGUGAUUUAAUUGUACCAAAGCACUUUGUUCUAAUGAAGUCACUAAUUAUUUACAUACUUUACAUGUAUUUUGUUACUAUAAAGUAUUUUGAAUGGCAAUAUCUAUUCAGUUACAUUACUUAUUUAUCCUUCACCCAUUCAAUAUAAAGACUAUUUUGAAGGGCUGAUUAUAUACUCUGGCCAAUACUGUCUGUACACUUCAUUAACAAAUGAUACAAAAUGUCUUGACAUGCCUUCAUGUACUUCAAAACUGCUUGACAUCACAUGCUCUUAUUAAUACACCAGUGCCUCAGUAAAUAAAUACGGUGGGUACAAGCAUACAGAAGACCAAAAAACCCCCCCAAACAGACAAGGUUUCUUUGUUGGCUUUUUGUAAUCUUAGUAUAUGCACAGAAUUUAUCACAAAGGAAAAAGGCCAUUUUUGGUUUGGUAUCAAACUGCUUCGAAAGCAAACUGGUAUACCUGAGGAACAAAAACUGAAAGUUUUUAAAUAUUGGAAAUAAUACAAAGUGCAAAAGAAAUUAUGACCUUGGAUUGCAUUUUUCUAUAAACAUUUACCUCACAGCCUGUAUAAGGUCCAUUUAAAGAGACAAUUACAGGCAAAGUGUGUGUGUAAUAGAACACAUUUUCCACAGGGUGGUGCUACCAUCCCUUGCUGGGAAGUUCUCUCACUCCACCUUCACCUCACCCUCUUACAAAUGAAAGGAUUGCCUUGUUCUCUUCCUGUUCUACCCCUCAGCAAAACAGAAAUACCACCACAACACAAGAUUAGCUUGAAAGGUCCAAGUCUAGAUGCCAGUUCCUCACCUGCUAUAAGCUCCUUUAUGAUACAAAAAAUGCACAAAUUAUAUACAUGCUAAUUUCUUUUUUUAAGUCAGGUAUGAUUUACGUGUUACAUGUUUCUUUUGUAAGAAUGCAAUUCUGCUUAAACUAAGUAGUUUACACCUUACAUAUUCAAAAGAGAAAAUAUUGCCAAAUAUUGCAACCUGGUGUGUUGUGCAUGGCACAUCUGUGAAACAUGCCUAUGUAUAAGUAAGCUCAAUUACAUGCCUAUUGUCCAUUAUCAAAAUACUUUAAAACAUGUGUUGGCCUCAUUUGCAAUCAGAUUUGGAGUCCAUAAAUAUUAAGUCAGUCAUAUUCAUAGCUAUAUAAACCAAUACCUUAAAAAGGUACAAAACCAGCCAAACAAAUCCAAGCACACCAAUAAGUGCUCUUCCUGAGUGACUGUAUACACAGAAAUACACAUAAAAGCAAAGCACCCUUAAAAAGGCAAACAAAAAACGUGCUAUAUUAGGCAAAAAAUGUCUAACAGUAACAGACAACAGCUAAAAGUUUAAAAAAACCACAACUUCUAUACCAGAGGUCCAACACCAAAUUAAGAAAAAAUGGAACAGUAGCUUGACCUAUAGAAAACUCCAAACAUCAUGAAGGUGGAACAUGCCUUUUUUUGUGUGGCUUUUUAAAAAAUAAUUUUUUUUAUUGCAGUUGCACAAAAGACUGCAAUGUUUCCUGUGUUAGAAGGUCAGGGUUAAAAGCUGUGCAUCCAGUUAAAAUCAUGCUGGUCUCUGCAUGCCGCCCUGAAGGGCUACAGAGGACCACGUUCCUGGCUUUACUGGGAUUUUAGGUCGUUGCAGUUCGUUCCUGUGAGUGUCUCUUUGGUUCUAUGUGGCCUGAGUGGAGGAAAGUAGGGGGGAGGGGGUAGGAGGAGGCAGGUCCGCAAAGUCCGGCGGGGGCUUGGGGAAAAUGCAGUCUGACGUCACCCAGCUGUCUGGGCCGUGGUAGUCCAGCUCCUGAGGCAAUGCGGACACCAGGGAAAGGCAGGGCUUUGGCGGAGUCGGCAGGGCUGAGUGGGGAAUGUAGAAGAACCUCGGUGGGGGCGGCCAGUGGUGAGCCUCUCCAUCCUCGGGAAGAGGGGGAAGGCAGAUGAUCUCCCGGCCUGACUCAGGGCUCGCCAGCAGAAGGGAGGCCGUUUCCGUCACCUUCUCCACGGACUGCUCCUCCUCCUCAGACAGGUUAUCGUAAUAGGAAGUGUUGGAGGGCCGGCGGUCGCUGGUGGGCGGCGGCACAUAAAGGCCGACGGGCAACUUGCCGAUCUGCCGCUGGGCCCUGUACAUGGACGGUGAGUGUGAUGUGUCCUCCUGGAGGAAAUCCAGCUGAGUCGGGGCGGGUGGAAGUGGGUCCCCCACAGGCAGCAGUUCGACCGCCAGCUCUGGGUCCAGGCAGGGCAGAGGUGGCGGGGGCAGGUCAGGCAGGUUCAGGGAGUGAACGCUGGCCAUGUCCGUCUCAGAGGGCUGGUACGGAGGGGGCCACUCGCCCGUAUAUCCAUCUGAGUCAUACUCGCCCGAUGGGGGUCUGUGGUCGGCGACCUCUGGCGCGAGAUGUUCAUUCGCAGAGGAGAAUUCCAGCCUUUCAUCAUCACCAGCCUUUUGGAAGUCUUCAGCCUUAGCUUGGGAAUAUGAAAUGUGGGGUAGCGGGUCCUGUACAUGUCUGUGCAGUAGCGCAGGUCUGCUAGAAGGCAGAGAAAGGAGUGAUUUCUGGGGGCAGGGUGGCUUCUGGGGACUGUCCUUGGCUGCCUGAGGAAGUGCAACCUGCUCAUGGCCCAUGGGGAACAGGAGAACCGGCUGCUCUUCGCCGAGAGGCUUCUUUGGGAGCUCA